AGCAAAUUCAACGAGAGAUUUUUCCCUAGCAGAGAAAAGAAAAAAAAAAAGAAUUGAAGUACUUUUCAAAAAAUGGCAACAAGACCGUGUUUGGCAUCGGUAUUAAUCGCAUCUUUGGCUCUGUUCAUUUUUGUUGCUUUUGUGGAUGCAGAUUGUUUAAGUGAUUGUCUUGUGGGAUGCGCCGAUGCUCCUCCACCUGUACUGAAUCUCUGUAUUAGACAGUGCAACAGGGAAUGUGGAUGUGGUAUUAAUGGACAAACUGGAUUUGAUUCUUCAAGCUUCAAAGACAAAGCUCGCUGUUUUUUCCUUAAUAAAUGCAUCCAAUGUCGUUCAGAUAAGAAGAAAUUGGCGGAUUGCGUGAGUAAAUGUUAACUCCCGGAUUCAUCGUUCAAAUGCAGAGAAGGGUGUGCGCAGUAUGGGUUUUAUUCUAGUUACUGCUAAAAUGACAUUUUUAGUUUGAAACAGAAUGUACCCACACAUGGGAUCUCAUUAGGCAUUUGAAUGAAGCAAUAUAAUAGUCGC